AUGGGAGCUUAUGUGUGUAAUUUUGGACGAUGCUCAAUCACAGCUGCAGAACUGCGAGGAACCCUGGAGGGUCUGAAGAUUGCGUGGAAGGUAGGCUACAGGAAGAUCAUCCUCCAUAGUGAUUUCACUACUGCCAUUAACAUCAUUGAACACAGAAAUGAUGAUGUGCAUCGCCAUGGUACUAUUGCCAGGAAUUUGAGCUACAUUUUGGAUCAACAAUGGGAGGUUAGAGUUUCCAACGUGUAUAUAGAAGCGAAUUACGCAGCCGAUUACUUGGCUAACAAGGCUCAUGACUUUGAUUUUGGCACACAUCACUUCAAUGUGUGUGAUAGGGAUUUGAUCAAAUGGAUCAAACAUGAUGUACUGGGAAUUUUCCAUGAACGUUCUAUUAUUAAUAUGAAUUAG